GCGGAGCGGAGCUCUGCUUGUCGGUCGGGACUACAGACACACACAUACCCACAGAGCCAUGGCCGAAAACGCCGGCUUGGAAAACCAUCGCAUUAAGAGCUUUAAAAACAAGGGGCGAGAUGUGGAGACGAUGCGAAGACAUCGUAAUGAAGUGACGGUAGAACUGAGGAAGAACAAAAGAGACGAGCAUCUCCUGAAGAAACGAAAUGUUCCACAGGAAGAGAGUCUGGAAGACUCGGAUGUGGACUCGGACUUCAAAGGGCAAAAUUUAACGCUAGAUGCCAUCUUACAGAACGCUACCAGUGAUGAUGCAGUUGUGCAGCUCAGUGCUGUGCAAGCAGCCAGAAAAUUACUCUCAAGUGACAGAAACCCCCCCAUAGACGACUUGAUAAAAUGUGGAAUCCUUCCAAUCUUAGUUAAAUGCCUGGAGAGGGAUGACAAUCCUUCAUUGCAGUUUGAAGCUGCCUGGGCUCUUACUAACAUUGCAUCAGGGACGUCUGCACAGACACAGGCAGUGGUCAAAUCAAAUGCUGUCCCUUUGUUUUUGAGACUACUUCAGUCACCACAUCAGAAUGUGUGCGAGCAGGCCGUGUGGGCACUGGGCAACAUCAUCGGUGAUGGACCUCAGUGUCGAGAUUACGUCAUCUCACUUGGCGUGGUCAAACCUCUCUUGUCAUUUAUUAAUCCUUCCAUCCCCAUAACCUUCCUGAGAAACGUUACCUGGGUCAUUGUCAACCUGUGCCGGAACAAAGACCCACCCCCACCCAUGGAAACAGUACAAGAGAUUCUUCCUGCCCUUUGUGUACUCAUAUAUCAUACAGAUAUUAAUAUUCUGGUAGACACGGUGUGGGCUCUGUCGUAUCUGACAGAUGGAGGUAACGAGCAGAUUCAGAUGGUUAUAGACUCAGGUGUCGUCCCAUUCCUCGUCCCACUGCUCAGCCACCAAGAGGUCAAAGUUCAGACUGCGGCACUGAGAGCAGUGGGGAACAUUGUAACAGGGACGGAUGAGCAGACUCAGGUGGUGCUCAACUGUGACGUCCUCUCUCACUUUCCCAGUUUGCUCACACACCCUAAAGAGAAGAUUAACAAGGAGGCAGUAUGGUUCCUGUCCAAUAUAACAGCAGGUAACCAGCAGCAGGUGCAGGCAGUAAUAGAUGCUGGUCUCAUCCCCAUGAUCAUUCACCAGCUCGCCAAGGGUGAUUUUGGAACACAGAAGGAAGCUGCGUGGGCCAUCAGUAACUUGACAAUAAGUGGAAGAAAGGAUCAGGUGGAGUACCUGGUGCAACAAAACGUGAUCCCGCCUUUCUGUAACCUGCUGUCAGUGAAAGACUCUCAGGUGGUCCAAGUGGUUCUUGAUGGAUUGAAAAACGUCCUCAUCAUGGCUGGAGAAGAAGCCAGCACAAUUGCUGAGAUCAUUGAAGAGUGUGGAGGAUUGGAAAAAAUUGAAAACCUACAGCAGCAUGAAAAUGAGGACAUAUAUAAACUUGCAUUUGAAAUCAUUGAUCAGUACUUUUCAGGAGAUGAUAUUGAUGAGGACCCCAGUCUGAUUCCUGAGACCACCCAAGGAGGCACAUUUAACUUCGAUCCAGCCUCCAACCUACAAACCAAGGAGUUCAAGUUCUAGACAACCAGAACUUUGAACUUGGGAAGGUGGGUUUCCCAGCUACUCCUCAACCCUCCGCCACCUACUGACCCAUCAUCUACCAGCCACUCACUAACAAGAUAUACCAACCAACCAUUCACCAUGCUCUGAAACUACACUCACACAGGAGAAAAUGGCACUGAAGUAUCUGAGUACCUGUCUCAAAUGCCACUCAAGAAAUGGAUGGAUCUCAAUGACCUAAAGACAUGGAAUAGAAAAAGAAAAAGAACAUGACUUGUUCAUUAUACAGAAGUUGCCAAAACAACAGCAAAAAAAAAGGAAAUAUUUUGCUCUUUCUUUCACUCACACUCAUAGGUGAGCAUGAACAGUAAUAGGAACUUAUUUUUGAUGUACCAGCCAUCAUAUCAGCCAAGGAAGAAGAAAGAGAAUCCUGAAAUUCAAAGGCAGGGAAUUUUCUUUUGCUUUCCAGAAAAUGUCCUUCACUCAAAACAUUGUGCUUCUGGUGAUGAUCUUAAGAGUUUUAGACAGACACCCAACUCAAGACAUCCAGCUUCUACUGUGUUAAGCCAUCAGACCCCCUCCCCCAUUCCUCUUAAAUCUAUGAUCGAGCCUAUAAUGGGUUAUUCCAUGGAAUAUUUUUUAAAUGGGGGAGGGGUGUCUCUAAAGUAUGUGGUGUGCAAACAGAACUGCAUUCUUGCUUUUUUCUUCUCAUUAAGUCCUGAAAUUAUGUAUAUGUACAAAACACUGAAGAAAAUGAAGAAAAAAAAAUCACGUCAACAGAUUACACGGAAAACUUUUACUGAAAGUUUGAACAAAGAAAAUCUAAUCUGACACAGUCAAGCACCCUUAUUUUAAAAGUUUUGCAGCAAUUGUGUAGUGGACAUUCAUUGUGCCGAUCUUUUUGGUUUGCAAAGGGAAUAUCGGACAUUUCAAAUGAUGAACCUAUGUGAUAUGGUAAUCGUCAAUUUGGCCAGGACUUUUAAAGGGCCACCCCAACCUUUGGAAGUCCAUUGAGAUAAUCUAACAUGUCUUUCUGCUCAAGAAGGGUGCUCUGGAAGCGCUCAAUGCUCUGGGUUCAUCUUUGCUACAACCUGUCUGUAACCAUAGUAAUAAGUUCAUCGAGAUGAUAACCCCAAUUGUAACCAGUCAGAAGAUAUUUUCACAAAAUCAGAACAUUUCAGCACUCUAGUCAAAAACCAAGAAACUUUGCAACAGUGAUUUGAUUGUGAAUUCUUUUUUUUUUUUUUUUUUUUUUCAUUUUGAUCGGUGAAGCUUCUGCUUUGGCAGUUUUUUCAGUCUUACUCGCACACUUUUGGGUUUUCCUGUUUUAUUGCUUAUUGUUUGUGGAGAGCGAUGUUCGCUUUAUUUUGACUAUACAAGCAAUGGGAAAAGGAAAUCCAUGACGUUGUUGUUCCUUGUUUUUUUUUUUUUUAAUCUUGCUACAACUAAAAAUUAAUUUCUUGUGUAGGUAUAUAAUAAGAAGCUACUACACUUAGAUCCACUAGGCAUUGUUGGGACGCUACAGAACAAUAAUAACAUUGUGAUUGGCGAUUUAAAGCCAAUAGGGGUAUUUUUUUCUUUGCUCUUUUUGUUUUAACCUUUGUUUUGUAAUGGCAAACGAUUGCCAUCAUUUGGAAAAUGGGCUAUCUUACAGUUGUGACUGGACAAUGUUUUUUUUUUUUUUGGGUUUUCCGCCGUGCAUUAACUUGUAAAGGGUUGUAUGGGGGAAAAUGCAUUUGGACUUAAGUAGUUGUGUUUGGGCCACAAACUGCUGAAAAAGACGGUAAGGAAGCUACAAGCAGCCCUGAUGAUUUUUGAAUUAGCCAUUUGUUGUUGAACAAAAAGAGAGGAAGAAAACAAGUUUGAAAUUCAUAAACUUAUCUAGACGACUAGAAAAACGAGCCACUUUAAAGACUUUAAAGAAGCUUUGUCUUGUAUCGGAAAUGGAUACAAGCUUAUUGCUUGUUGCAAGAUUUUUACUUGCUGAAGAAAAAAACAAUCUAAAAAUCAGCGACAGAUCGCAUUUUGGCCUGAUUGUUUGUAUGUUUUUAUAAAUUUUAGAACUGAAUUUCUCUUUAAGGUGGCUCAUCAGUAUUUUUUUCAACUCUUGUGCAUAUUAAAGAUAAAGAAUGAGUUGAAAUUAAUUGUGCCUUUUGUUUUUAAUUUCAAAGCAACAAAAGAAAGGUUCAGAAUACCUACCACGUUGCAUUGGAGCUGCUUAUAAUAUGGGGUCUUUUGGGUGUUAUGUCUGCCUAUCUCUGGACUUUAUGAUGAGACGUACUCUGGAGUUCUACUUAAAUUCUCCUCUAGUCUGCUGGCUGACUUGUUGUUGAUCCCUUAACUUCCAUUCUGCACCCUUCACAUUCUUUGCAUAUGGAUCACAAUUGACCAUAAUUCUCAACCCACCCAAUGUCCUCCUUCGUACCUUUCUAUGGGAACACAUCUUUCCACUCCCUCAGGACGUGCUUUAUGUAUCAAUGAACCUAACCAAAAUAAACUUGCUGUUAGCCAUCCUUUUUUAUUGCUCUCUUAUGAUUGACCCGCUGAUACUUUUCUCUUUUUCUCUCUUUUAUCUGUUAGCCUUUUCUCCUACUACCCUUUCUCUCUUUUUAACUCGGCCUUUUCUAUUCUGAAUUCACCUUCUCUCUCUUUGAUGUGUGCAAUAGUUUUCUCAUGUUGUGUUAAGUUUGUCUAAAGACAGAUUGGUGUUAAAUGACACUUAACGGCAGUCGCCACAAAAGUAACCUGUAUUUACAUAUUGUAUAGUCCUAUACCUGUACCAAAAGAUGCGAUAUUUAUAUACACUGUGCACUUUAUUAGGAACACUAUGGUUUUAAUAUAGUACUCGAUGUGGUUUUCUGCUGUUGUAGCCCAUCUGCCUCAAUGUUUGACAUGUACAAUUGUACAGAGCGGUUAUCUGAGUUACCGUAGCCUUUCUGUAAGUUCGAACCAGUCUGGCCAUUCUCCAUUGACCUCUCUCAUCAACAACACUUUUCCAUAUGCAUUUUAUUUUUUUUUUUUGGCACCAUUCUGAGUAAACUCUAGAGACUGUUGUGUGAAAAUUACAGAAGAUCAGCAGUUACAGAAAUACUCAAACCAGCUCAUCUGGCACCAACAAUCAUGCAGUGGUCUAAAUAAAUAAAAAAUCCCCAUUCUGAUGGUUGAUGUGAACAUUAACUGAAGCUCCUGAUCCAUAUCUGCUUGAUUUUAUGCAUUGCAAUGCUGCCAUAUGACUGGCUGACUGGAUAAUCGCUUGAAUAAAUAUGUGUACAGGUGUUCCUAAUAAAGUGUUCAGUGAGUGUUUAUGAUCAUGGAUAUGGAUAAUUAUAAGGAUAUAACUUUAGGUGAUGGUCAUAUCCAUUUUUAUAUUGAUGAAAUUCUGUUAAACUGUUGAAACCAGUGAAACUGGUUUAAUGCUCGCCUUUAGAUGAAAUGCAGACAACAACUGGUAAUUUAAAGUGAUGUGCACAACCAGGCAGAAGUUUGGAGUUCACUGAAUGCCACAUGAUAUAAAAGGUUUAUGGUUGAAAAUGUUUUGCAUGUAAAAAAUGUUUAUAAUGUUUGGCCAUGUAGUGAAGGAAAAGCAACAACAGUUGUCUAACAUACAUGCAAACAAAUUUAUUAUUAUAGUUUAAUAAUUAUCAUCAAUUUAUUUUAUUUUAUUAUCAUCUCCGGUGGAUACAUCAUUACAGGUGUAAUUUAUGCAAAGUGUGGCUAUUUUGA